GAGCGAGAGAGAAGGGAAGGCAGGCAGAGGCGGGGAGCCUGUCAUUCUGGGGCUGGGAAGGGGAGCCGGCUGGGAGUCUGGCCAAGGCGUCUCCAUGCGCGCCCCGCUGCCUUGCCUCCUGGAGUUGCUCUGCGCCUUCUCCGUCGCCUCAGUGGCUUGACUCGCAGGCUUUGACACAAGCCAGAUGGCUGCGAUUGGUAGGCGCACAGGCUGCCUGGCACUACAGUUGAUGAGACAGAAUAGGAAGACGUUUUAUGAUCAGCUGCGGGCGCACAAUAAGACUGCAGCUUUGCUAGGGUCACGUAGGGAUAAAAAGUUCUGUAAGGUGGCCUUUCCCCAGGAAGAACUGAGGAAGCGGUUGACGCCUUUGCAGUACCAUGUUACUCAGGAGAAAGGGACUGAAAGUGCUUUUGAAGGGGAAUACACAUAUCACAAAGAUUCUGGAAUAUACAAAUGUGUAGUUUGUGGAACUCCUUUGUUUAAAUCAGAAACAAAGUUUGACUCCAAUUCAGGUUGGCCUUCCUUCUAUGAUGUUAUUGCCUCUGACAAAAUUACAUUCACUGAUGACUACUCUUUUGGGAUGCACAGGGUUGAGACAAGCUGCAGUCAGUGUGGUGCUCACCUUGGACAUAUUUUUGAUGACGGGCCUCGUCCAACUGGCAAAAGAUAUUGUAUAAAUUCAGCUUCAUUGUCUUUUGAGCCUACAGACAAGAACCUUGCUGCUGAAGGAAGCAUUAGCUCUACUUCUGCCCAACCAGACAAGACAGAGCUGUAGUAGGAAAGGUUAUACUACAGACGGCUUGUGUCCCCACAUGACUUAUAAAGAAUGUUAUCCUAAAUUGCCUUCUAUCUUCAAAAAAACUUGUAAAGGUAUUCUGUACUAGCAAUGUUUUUCUGUACUAAAACAAGGCCUUGUGUGCCAAUGUAUUUUGUUACAUAAUUAUACCUGGAUAAUUGUUUAUGUCUGUGCUUUGGGUAAUCCCUUAGCAAGAAGGGCUUUGGUUACUUUCAUGUACUGCUUGACUACUGUAGGUUUGAAUAUAACUCUCCUUGGUUGCAGGGGAGAAGAUGACAAUUCAUUUCUGUCAAAGCAGAAUUAUAAUAUGCAAUAGAAUUCUGAUACCGUAGUAUUUAUGUGAUUUGGCGAUCUUGUUCUGAUUUACAAGACUUGGGUAGCCAAUGGUCUACCAGUAACUCUCCCAUAGUGGAGAUUUGUGGAUUGGUUGUUGUAUCCAACCUAUCCCAUGGCUCAGGUUUCUAUCAAAAUUCAAAGACUGCACUAACUGUUAACUACGUGGUCAUCUGCCUCCCCACAUUAAUCGAAAUGAAAACAAAGCCCUCACUUGGUCUUGGAGAUAGCAAAAAUUUGCCCUUUUCUACCUUUGUUUGGUGAAAAUAAGCAACUAU